AUGAUAAAGAUAGAAGACGGUGUUUCAUUCGCCGAUCGUGCCGAGACGUAUUACCGGAAGAAACCGGAGAUCGAGAAGAGGAUCGAAGAGUUCCGAAGGUUGUACCGCUCGCUAGCCGAAUAUUGCUCCCAUUUCUUCGACCGAUCGUCGAUUUCGUCGCUCUCGGCGCGUUUCGAAGGCUCGAAUGUCGAUUACAAGAAGCUGAGCACUUCCGACUCGAACCCUGAGUCGGGAAUAGAAGAUCCUGAGCUCGAAUCUCACAUGAAAAGAGAAUCCGCGAAUGGCGUUUCGAUGAGUUCGAAUCUUAUUGCUAAGGGAAGGACUAGUUCUUUCGAUCGAAGGAUUUCGUGUGUUGAUCGACUAUCGGAUCUCAUCGAGGAGAAUUGGAUACACACGAAUGAGCUCGUGAGGAGGCUCGAGAAUAAGAGAGAAGCAAAUAAGGAACUAAGAGAUAGUCGAGUCGAGAAACUUGUGAGAGAGAACAAGAUGUUGCAAGAGGAGCAUAGCAAAUUGCACAUACUGCUGCUGGGAUGGGGUGGGGUGGGGGACAGUCAGUCUGCAGAAUGCAAACACUGCUUGCAAGACUGGGUGAGAGGAAAAGAAAAGAAAAGGCAUUGCCCAAAAAGAUUUCCACUAUAUAUUCUCCCUUCCUUGCUCACAAACUCUUCACUACUUGACUCAGCAUUAAACACUCUCUCUCUCUCUCUCUCUCUCUCUCUCUGCAGGAAGCUAGAAGCAGAAGCAGAAGGUCAUUCUCAUUUUAACUCAGACAAGAUAGAGAAGCUCCCAGGGCAGCCCCAGAUCAGCUUCCUCCACUACGCAGGCUACAUCACUGUGGACUCUCUCAAGCAAAGGGCUCUCUUUUACUACUUUGCUGAAUCUGAGAUUGACCCUGCUUCAAAGCCUCUUGUCCUCUGGUUAAAUGGAGGACCUGGGUGUUCCUCUGUGGGAGUAGGAGCAUUCUCAGAGAAUGGGCCUUUUAGACCAAGUGGCCAUGUCCUGGUGAGGAAUGAGUAUAGUUGGAAUAAAGAGGCCAAUAUGCUGUACCUGGAGAGCCCAGCAGGUGUUGGAUUCUCUUACUCCUCUGAUCCUUCAUUUUAUGAGGGUGUAGAUGAUAAAAUGACAGCCAGGGAUAAUUUAGUGUUUCUUCAGAAUUGGUUUGCAAAAUUCCCACAGUAUAAGGACAGGGAUCUCUACAUCACAGGAGAAAGCUAUGCUGGUCAUUAUGUGCCGCAACUGGCGCAGCUCAUGGUUGAGUUCAACAAAAAAGGGAAAUUCUUCAAUCUCAAAGGAAUUGCUCUCGGGAAUCCGGUACUCGAAUUCUCGACCGACUUCAACUCGAGAGCGGAGUUUUUCUGGUCCCAUGGAUUGAUCUCGGAUACAACUUACAAAAUCUUUACAAGAGCAUGUAACUACUCCAGAUAUGUGAGCGAGUAUUAUAGCGGCUCGCUUAGCCCGAUUUGCGAGAGGGUGAUGAGUCAAGUGACCAAAGAAACGAGUCGAUUCGUCGACAAAUACGACGUCACUCUCGAUGUUUGCUUAUCGUCGGUUCUUUCGCAGUCCAAAGUUCUAAUUCCUCACCAAGUCGGCGAGCAAAUAGAUGUGUGCGUCGAAGAUGAAACGGUGAACUAUCUUAACCGAAAAGACGUGCAGGAUGCAUUGCAUGCGCGGCUCACGGGCGUGACUAAAUGGGCGGUCUGCAGUAGCGUUCUCGAGUAUGAGCUGCUGAACUUGCAAAUACCGACGAUCGCGGUCGUCGGUUCGCUCAUUAAAUCGGGCGUUCCGGUGAUGAUUUACAGCGGGGAUCAGGAUUCGGUGAUUCCUCUGACGGGAAGCCGAAGUCUCGUGCAAAGGCUGGCGAGCGAACUGGGUCUCAAAACGAGCGUGCCGUAUCGAGUUUGGUUCGAAGGAAAGCAGGUUGGUGGGUGGACUCAGGUGUAUGGAGAGAUGCUCUCUUUCGCGACAAUUCGAGGGGCUUCUCAUGAAGCCCCAUUCUCACAGCCUGAGAGGUCUCUUGUGCUCUUCAGGGCUUUUCUAGCAGGGAGGCCUCUUCCAGAAACAUUUGAAUGAGCCCCUAAACCCUUUUAUAGU